AUGUACCUAUCUAAGAGCGAUGUAAGACACGAUGCCAAUGUUGAUUAUAAUCUACAAACAAGGCAAACAAACAUAUCACCUAUUACCUCCCAUCCAUCACAAUCAUCAUCUCCGUUGUACCCCACGUUACUCGUCAUAGAUGACAAUUCGAAUUCUGAGGACUCAACUAUAAACAAUACAAAUGACAUUCCAAAUAAACCAUUGAUUUCUUCUAAUGCUCAAAUGUCACAUAUUCAAAUGCCAACAAACCUAUCACCGUCCACAGUUGAUAUUGUACAUAAUACAGCUGAACAACAACGUCGUCGAAAUUCAUCAAUUGCAAAAUUACUCGGAGGUCAACCGUUACAUAAUCAGCAAUACGAAGAAAUAAAUCAACAAAUACUGGAUUCUCAAUCCGUUCAAAAUGUACCUAAUCCUAGUGAUCAUGGAACUGAUAGUAGUAUUCAACGAACACGUAGUUCAAUAACACGAACUUUACUUAUGAACACAGAACGAACUAAUAACAUAACAGAAGUACUUACCAAAACACAAGUAGCAUCAACACCACCACCAUUUUCAAAAGAUUUUGAAUAUUUAAUACGUCGAGAACCUGAUAAAUCAGAUACAGAACAUGCACCAUUCAUACUUCAACAAAAUACACCGAAAGUUUGUCAGAAUUUAAAUUCUUCUAAUAAAACAAAUGUUCCAUUAACCAUACAAUCAAAAUUAAAACGAAAGAGAUCUAUUUCAAAAACAUCAUUUAUAUCACCAAAUAAAUUAACAACAAAUAUUCCACCAUUUUCUUUACAUGAUCCAUUCGAACUCGAAUCAUCAGUAAUAAAUACGAUUCCAUCGAUACAUCAUCAACAAAAUGAAUUUCCCCAUUUUAAUCCAUCAAAACGUCCUCGUCAUUUAAAUCAACAACAACAUAAUUUAUCAACGAGUAAUUCAACGACUAACCAAUUUUCAUAUCCUUAUGAUAAAAUGAAUAUGAACUCUUCAGUGUAUAAUCAAUUUUCUAUACAUAACGAUCGAAUUCCUUCAAAUAAUGGUUCACGUUAUUCACAUUCAACUAAAUUAAUAUUGCCAUCACCUAUUGCAACACUACCAUCACCUGGAACUGAACUACAUCAUAAUCGUAACAAUAAUAAUAAGAGCGUCACUAUGACAUCAAUACGUAAAGCAAAAUCGAUACUUGUCCAACCCGAACUAUGUGACUUUUCAAGGCAACGAUCGUAUUCCCAUGCGUCUACUCGCUCUGAUGAUUUUUUAGCAGGAUCAUCUGAACCAAAUGGACCAUUAAAAAAACGUUUACUUCAUGCAUAUAACAACGAACAGCGUCCUUCAUAA